GUUUUAUGGAGAGGAGGACGCCACUCGGGGAGCAGAAUGGCCUGGACGCCUCUUUCCUCCUAUUUUUGAAACCAUCUGUUCCCAUGUAUAAAGAUGUCGCUGGUGGACCUGGGGAAGAAGCUCCUGGAAGCAGCCCGCCAAGGCCAGGACGAUGAAGUCAGGUUGCUAAUGGCCAACGGAGCCCCGUUCACCACCGACUGGCUGGGAACGUCGCCCCUUCAUCUCGCUGCUCAGUAUGGCCAUUAUUUGACGGCAGAAGUUCUGCUUCGGGCCGGGAUGAGUCGAGACGCUCGGACCAAGGUGGACCGGACGCCCCUCCAUAUGGCGGCUGCAGACGGCCACUGCCAUAUUGUCGAGCUCCUGGUCAGGAAUGGUGCCGACGUGAACGCCAAGGACAUGCUGAAGAUGACGGCCUUGCACUGGGCGGCUGAACACAACCACCGGGACAUCAUUGAGCUGCUCCUCAAGUGCGGGGCGGAUGUUCACGCCUUCAGCAAGUUCGACAAGUCUGCUUUUGACAUCGCUUUGGACAAGAAUAAUCCCGAAACUUUGCUGCUGCUGCAGGAAGCGAUGCAGAAUCAGGUCAACCCAGAGAGCGCGCAUGGCAUCUCCAGCUCUGUGACGGUGGGCCAGCCCUUCAUCCUGGCUUCGGGAGAACUGCUGAGCUUGGCCAGCAUCAUUUCUUUGGCGGACACCAAAGCAACCUCAGGCAAUUCCAUUGUUUCCACAGGGCAGUUUCCAAGCACAACCACCUCUGUUCUCGCUACCCUGGCAGCCAUUGCAGAGGCCUCAGCUCCCCUUUCCAGUGCCAGCCAGAUUCCUGCUGUCUCGGAAGAAAUUGUGGAAACCCACCCAGUGGAUGCUUCCCUCCAGCAGGUGGUCAGUAGCGGCCAGCACAUUCUUGCGGUCGUGACUGAGGGCGUCCCUCUGGGCCAUCUCCGGACAGCUCUGCCGGCCACUCGCCUCGGGCAGCAGUUCAUUGUCACGAUGCCGAACAGGCAGCAAGUUCUGGCCAUACUUGCUGGUCAGGACGCAGAAGGACCCACGCUCAAAACCCCGAGCGAGGAUCGCCACGUGGCUGGAGCAGAGAAGCCGCCCCCCAAGAAAGUCAAGGUGAAACAGGAGGUGGAUGGGAAGAAGGACGAGCAAGAAGGGGGAGAGGAUGGCCGUGAAAGAGAUGCCCUGCGGCAGCAGCUCCGGGAGGCCAGUCGUCAGGCUUGGGAAUUCCGAAGCCAGCUGCUGAAGAAAGAGCGGGAAGCGGAGCUUUGCCGCCAGAGGCUGGAAGCCAUGGGCCAGCAGGAGGCAGGCACGAGAGAAGGGGCUGCCCUGGAGGAGAUCGGCGCCAUGUUCCCGGCUGAUGUGGCCACCGAGGUGGUCACUUCCUAACCUCCAGGUGGUUGUUUUGCUGCGCUUGUUUAAAAAAAAAAGGCAACCAGAGAUUUUCCCCAGGAAGACUGACGUGGGUAUCGGGGAGCUGGGUCCUCGAGGCUGCCCACCCAUCACCUACUCUGUGCAGGCCCAUUCCGUGGGGUAGGAAGCCCACAGCGUCUCUGUUCCUUUCAGCAGAGGCUUUGAGACCAGCAAGGGUGCUAAAAUGGAUGGGUGCCCGGGCUCUGCUUGAACGCUCCCAGUGAAGGGGAGCGCCCCCCUCCAGCUGACUAGCUGCUCUUUGGUCAAAAUCUGCCCUCUGAUUUUGUCAAACCCUGUGUCCUCUCUCAGGGCUAGAAACUUGCUUGGAAGUUUUAUUUUUCAAGGCAAACCGAAAUCAGAAGUUUUGGUUUGGCACCUUCCUUUCCUGCCAGCCAAAGAAUGCAAAACUGACUUUUGCAUCUUGUUUCUCAGCCUUCUGGGAUCUGCCUCCCUCUUCUGCUGGCAUGAAGGGUGCUUUCCCUGGUCUUCCCAGAGCUGAAACUCAGAUUUUGCAAGACCUUGCGAGCAUUCGCUGGGGCCAUGCAGAAAACCCCCGUGCCACCCUUGGCAUUCGAUCCCGGGAGAAGCCUGCUUUAGAAAGCAGCUGGGCCUGCAGACCAAAGCUUGCUUGACGGACUGGGCUGGAGGUGGGUGGAGAAAGUUGUGCCUUACUGGUCCUUGAAGAGGCAGGGACUUGCAGGGGGUGGCGUCCCCCCAACCCCUUGCCAGCUACAAAUGUUGCCCCCUCUUU